AUGCUUGCCCGAAAGCUACCCCGAUCGACCUCUCAACUCUCCUCCCUCACCCGCUCCUUCAUCACCACCUCAUCAUGCCGCGACCACCGAACACCCGCCCUUGGCGACGUCUCACCCGGCGGCGCCGAAGCCUACAACGCCAAGCAGAAGGAGUUUCGAGACAAGCUCGAGGCUGCCAAAAAGCGAAAGGAACAGGCUGAUCGUCAGUUGCUCCCUCCUGACACCCAACAAGCAGAAUCUCCCGAUCCCUCAAGCAUACCCGCGGAACAAGCGUCUACAGCGCUAGGCUCACUUUCUAUUGCAUCCACAGGCGAAGCCCGUCAAGCCGAGACCGAAGCCUCCACCUCCUCCCGAAAGAAGGGGCCCCUCUCAAACCUGAUCUACGGCACACCCGAGGGCAGACAAAUGGACAAGGAGAUGGAGCGCUCCUUUUCGGAAGUCCUCGCCCGCGGUAAGUACGUGCAUUCGAUUGUCUUCCACCAGGUCAAGCCCGACAAGGUCGAUGAGUACGUCGAGUUGGUCGGCAAGUGGUAUCCCAAGAUGGCCAAUAUGCAGGAGAAUCGUGUCAAUUUGGUCGGUAGUUGGAGGACUGAGGUUGGUGAUGCUGAUACCUUUGUCCACAUCUGGGAAUACCAACGCUAUACCGGCUAUCACGCCUCCCUCCACUCAAUCCAACAUCACCCCGAAUUCCCCGAAUUCGACCACCACCUCAAGAAACUCAUCGACACCAAGAAAGUUUCCCUCAUGCAGGAAUUCUCUUUCUGGCCCACCACUCCUCCCCGCAAGCUGGGCGGCGUCUUCGAGCUUCGCUCCUACACAUUACAUCCAGGAAAUCUGCUCGAAUGGGAAACGCACUGGCGUAAGGGGCUAAAGGCAAGAAGACAAGUCAUGGAGGGCGUGGGCGCGUGGUUUGUGCAAAUCGGAGAUCUCAACACUGUGCACCAUCUGUGGCAGUUUGCUGAUCUGGAGGAGCGGAAGCUGAAGCGGGAGCAAAGUUGGGGUGUCGAGGGCUGGGCAGAUACGGUGCACAAGACUGUGCCGUUGAUUCAGAGCAUGAAGAGUAGUGUGCUGGUGCCCAUGCCGUGGAGUCCGGUCGGUUGA